GGAAUCUGGAUCAGCAUGCAUCGCCGCGGCUCACGUUCCUGCGAGGAGCUUUUCGACGGGCUUCGCCGGCUGCAAGGCAACGUUACGAGGUAGGAGGAGGCCCGGAGACUCGACAGCUCAGAAAUUCUUCUUCUUCUUCUUCCCUCUCUCGGAUUUAGGUUUGUCACGGCGACGACGAAUGUCAUGAUGAUGAUGAAUUGGACGUUGACUCGAUCGCAGACUGUUCGCAGCCUUGAGAUUCGCUUGCGUGACACGUCCCCGCCGUUCGCGUUUCGCUCGAUUUGCCUCCUUCCUGACCAGAGGUGCGAGCGACGGAUUCAUUCACGGUUUGAUCCUCGGCAGGCCGUGCAUGGGCGGGUCGGAUGAGGGGAGGGGGGCGGGGGGAGAAUCCCUAAGCUCGAAGAAUGAAUGCCCGUGGCCCCGAUCGGAGACUCUCUCCGUUUGUGCGAUCAAUCGAUGUGGUCGAUGCUGGGACGGUGGAGAGUAGGAGAAGAGCGAGGCAAGAAAGGAAGCUGGAGUGGGGAGAAUGGCAAACUCGAUUGAGGCUGCGGAUGAUUUGAUGGCAGUUGGCCGGGGCCCACCCAGAUCGUCUGCGCUUCGAGCACCCGUGGUUUUGGACCGGGCCCGGGCGGCGGAGGAGCAGGAGGAGGAGGAGGAGGAGGAGGAAGAGGAAUCCGUCCACGCAAAGGUGAUGGGUGCGAGCGCGAAUCGAGUGACGGACUGAGUAGACUAACAACACACGGUCAACUAAAAUCGGAUUCAGCUUUCGCACAAACACUGAUGCGAAUGCUAAUAGUGUGCAACAAUUUGCAGCUGGUGGCUCGAGUUUCAUGCACCGUGCGCUGCUUUUCCGUCGAUUGUCUUCCGCACGACGCGGGGGGCUUCACGGCUUGACAUCUCUCUUCUUUCUUCUUCUUUCUUCGCCGCCUGCGUCGAUAGCAGAAGCUUCACAGCUGCUCCUCACUCAUCACGACCUUGCACUAAGCAAGCAAGCAAGCAAGCAGCAAUUAUGAAGCCGACUUCUCCUGUUCCUCCUCUCUCUCGAACAUCGCCUUUUUCUGCGCAUCCUAUUACUGCACUGCUGUACGAUUAUGGGAGAGUAUUAUAGUGUGUGGACGUGUAUAUAUGAGCCUCGCUCUCUACUUCAACUUUAUCGUUAUCCAUACAUUCUGAGAUCGCAACCUUUGCAGCAGAACCUUCGAGAGCCGAGGGUACGCGGCAAGUGUAUACUCUUGGAACAACGCUCAUUCCAUUAGUCGUUUUCUUGCUCUGAGAGCACUAGGAAAUACACAGCUUCCGGCUCAACACUCGACAGCCGAUGUGUCCUGAUCGAUACCCCGACUCCGAGAGCUCCGAGUUCUUCUCAAAGUUUUUCCCAAUCGUCGUAGAUCGUCUGAGUCUUAGAGUCUGAGAGUAGAAUACCCACUGCAUGAUCAGAGUUGAAGGACAUGCGUGCAUCGACACAAACGUAUUAAUCAGGAGGCUGACAAGAAUAGAGAUGCUCAUUCUGCAAUUCUCGUUAUCUCGUCACUGGUCGACGAAUGGCUGAGACAUGGCUGUAAUCUUCAGAUUGAGAUCGGAUUGUAAGUUUUGAGUCAAAGUGUGAAGCUUUGUCCCGACGGACCACUUAGCGGUUGGCAUAUGGAGCGCGGACAUAUCUUAAGCGCAAAUAGUCGACAUGGAUGAUAAAGAGGACUCCGGACGGUCUUGUAUAUCCCAGUGAACAUCGCAACUGAGUGGACUUGGAGUCUCCUACCCCAAUAUCUCGAGCUAAUCAAUUUUGUCCAGCAUGAAGGAACACAUGGCGACGGCGAAUUUCGGCUUGAAAAGUACGGGACUCUCGACGUGCAGCUUUAGUCUCAGAACCUUGUGUCUUAUGGGAUGCAUCUUGGCAAUGACCAUGGGACUCCUCAGUAUACCGUAUCUGCAGGCGUCCAUCAGAACAGUGAUCGAUGAAGGCAAGAACAGUCAUUCGAUUCCAUCGGUCGAACCUUCUGCAGCAGGUUUGGAAAGAAGUGCCUCAAACGAGCUUUCUGACUCCGAGGGCGCUUCGCAUUCUCAAACAUUCAGCCGAAGUAACACGAGUGUGAUAGUGGAGAGUAGCAAUGAUGGAGCGGAUUCGACCAUCAGAAUCGAGGGAGCGGCUUUGAGCGACGGGAGCAUACUCGACACCAUUCCGUCGAAGAAUUCUGACGGGGGGAAGUCCCGCAUCCAUGACAAGACUAGCAGUAUCAAUUCCGAAGCAGAAGAGGAAGAAGAAGACGAAGAAGAAGAAGUAGUAGUAGUAGUAGGACCGAAAGAGGAGCUGACUGGGGCAGAAGAUCUGCCUAAAAAUUUCCAUGAAGACAGAACACCAAAAGCGGCCGACGUGAUCAAAGAAGAACAGGCAUUGAUGGUGGUUACGAAGGCUGCUGAGGAGGAUGCGGAUGAUAGGAACUCGAUUCAGCAGGAAACGAAGCCCGACGAGGAGGAAGCUGAAGGCUCAGACAACAGACGACCAGAAACGGUUGCAGAGAAGGCUCGAGCUGGUGAAGCCGGAGAUCACGAAAGAAUCAGUACCACUCCGCGCACGGACGUCAUCGCAGAUGGUCUCAUAGAUUCUUCUGAGUCCGACCUUGAUCGCAAAGGUUCUAGUACUGAAACAUCCAGAGACUCUGAAACGGACAGCGCUUUGCGCCAGAAGACGUCGGACGACGACGACAGCUUACAGCUUCUUGAUCGUGCAAGAGCUAAUUCAUCGGAACUGAACUCCAGUCGGAAAGAUACCUGCGACAUAUUCACGGGGCGUUGGAUUCCUGAUCCGAUCGGCCCUCUGUACUCACACAACUCCUGCCGAGUACUGAGCCAGCCCCAAAAUUGCCAAGCGAACGGGAGGCCCGACAAGCUGUACGAGUUCUAUCGGUGGCAACCCCGAGACUGUGACAUUCCACGACUGGAUCCUCUCGCAUUUCUCGAGGUCAUGAAGGGCAAGACGCUCGCCUUCAUCGGCGACUCUGUGGCCCGCAAUCAGUUUGAAAGCCUCAUGUGCGUCUUGUUCCAAGUUGCGGAGCCCAAGAACAGGGGCAACAAGGCGAUGCAGCGAUGGUACUACCCGACGCACCAAUUUACGCUCAUCCGCAUCUGGUCUGGCUGGCUCGUGAAGCAGUCGAGGGAGCCAAUCCCUUCGGCUCCCGACGAUUCGGUGAAACUCACACUCGACGACCUCGAUUCGGACUUCGCGACGCACAUGCCCAAGUUCGAUGUGGCCGUCAUCUCGACGGGGCAUUGGUGGAUGAGGAAGUCGGCGUACAUCUUGGACGGGGAGAUGCGAGGCGGAUACGGAUGGAAAGUGAAUGCCACGCUCAACAAGAAGAAAAAGAUCGAGCAAGCUCAAGCGUUCGGAAUCGCGAUGGAGACCGUGUUGAAGAAGAUCCUUGCCAUUCCCGAUUACAGGGGCCUCACGAUCUUGAGAACCUACUCGCCCGAUCACUACGAAGGUGGCCGCUGGGACACAGGGGGCUCGUGCACGGGCAAGACGCAGCCCCUCCGCCAGGACCAGCGGCCAGACAAUGCAUUCAACCAGCUCAUGCGGUCCAAACAAAUGGCUGCACUACGAUCGGCGACGAGAGAUGGGUCCAGCAGCAUCUCGUCGCUCGCGUUGUUGGAUAUCUUUGAAGCAUUCAAUCUCAGGGCAGAUGGUCAUCCUGGACCUUACAGGAGUCCCGAUCCCAACAAGAAAACCCAGAGGGACGAGCAAGGUCGACCACCUCCUCAGGACUGCUUGCAUUGGUGCAUGCCGGGUCCUGUGGACACGAUGAACCAGCUUCUGCUCGAAGUGAUCAAGCGCGAGCUUCGAAAAGACUGAAUCCACGUCUGCUCGGACUCUAAACCACGGGAGCUCGCUCACGAAGAACCCGGCUUCGUGAUUGACGAAUGCGAGCGUGCGUGCCCGAGAUUCACAGCCAGCCCAAAAUUCAUCCUCGUGCAACAAAAGGUAGCUCGAACUCCAGCUACCGUAUCCCUGAAUCCGAGGUGAGAUCGAGCUUUCGAUUCGAGGAACGAAGACGAAUUAUUAACAUCUAACCCCAGCACCGAACCCAUCGCGAGGAUGGUGCAGGGAUGCAGAGAAUUCCACCGUCAAACGCUGCGUGGUCGGUCGAUGAGAAUCAAGCGCGAGGGGACGAGUACCCCCACUCCCCUCGUGAAAUCUCAGCACGCCCAAUUUUUCAGCACCCUCGACGGACGCGAGCGCUCUGCAAAUUUAAGCGAAUGGACUGAAGAAUAGAAGAGGAGGGUCUCCCCUUCCUUCCUCAUGAUCGUGGGAUCGAUUCUAUUACGUGAAUUGUACAUUACUGAACAUGGACUCUCGAAGAGUUCGAACUAGACCUAGACCUAGACCUGACUAGAGGACGCAGUUGCUAACCCGUAGUUAGUACACACCACUCCCCCUCACGAGGUAGCAAACGCAGACUGCAUUGUACUC